AUGGCCUAUACUCUCCAGGCUUCUCUCCCAACACCACUCACGCCUUCUAUGCCAUUAUAUGGCCCUAUUCCCGAACAAAUUGAAGCCUUGCCAAUUACGCCCCCCGAUAUCCCGGCAGGCUUUGACGAGAAGACGUUCAAACCGGACAGUCGAACAAUAAAGAAAGCCUUACAUGUGCUCGCCACUGAACGACAGGCGCUUUCCCAUCUUGAGGAAUUAUACACCAGUUCUGCCGAAGUCCAGGAUUCACUUCUUCGAAGCAUUCGUCAGAUCAUUCUUUCAGAGACUCGGCAUGGAAAAACCAUCUUCACUGGCGUUGGCAAAUCAGGGCAUAUUGCAAAGAAGCUCGUCGCCACUUUUGUAUCGCUGGGCAUCCAUGCCAUAUUUCUUCACCCGGUCGAGGCUCUCCACGGGGACUUGGGAGUUGUUCGACCCAAUGACACGGUCAUCAUGAUUACAUUUUCUGGGAGGACGCCCGAACUCUUGUCUCUCCUUCCCCAUAUAGACCCCUGUGUACCAUUAAUCGUCAUGACGGCGCAUCUCACUCCCGCCACUUGCCCUCUUCUAUCCUACCCACUAAGACAGACCUCGACGAAUAUACUUCUACCUACCACCAUUCACGAAUCUGAAAUCUCAUCUUUUGGAGUAUCAGCUCCAACGACCUCGACGACCAUCACCCUGGCUCUGGGUGAUAGCCUGGCGCUAGCAGUCGCGGAUGAACUUCAUGCUGCUGCAGGCCUUCAGACGCCGGCCAUUUUUGCGGCAAACCAUCCUGGCGGCGCAAUUGGCGCUGCCUUCAAGACGUUGACUCCCAACAUAGCCAGAAUGUCUGAACUUGCGACUGCAGUGGCCCAGGUCCCAAUUGCGGUGCCACAAACAAAUCAUCCGCUCUUGUGCCUGGAUGUGCUUGUGGCCGCAGUGAGGUCGCCUCGUGGUUUCGUCCGAACCUCUCAGAAUCAUAUGAUCGGCCCGCGAAGAAUUCAAAACCUACGAGAUCCCGCUGCACCAGUGUCAGCCGUGGAAGAUGAAUGUGGCAAAAUGGAGAUUGAGAAGACCGACUGGAUAUCUGUCCUUAGCUCCACUCCUGUCGAAGAGUGCAAGAGAUGGAUCCACCAGAUGCGAGACGAGGGGUCAGGUCGUGGGAGAGAUUUUCUCAAGCGAGGGACUCUCCUCGGCAUUGUCGACCAUAACGAAGUGACAGGUGUUGUGGAGAUAGAAGAUGUCAUGGGCGAAGAUUUUACUUGA